CAAUCACACGAGGGGGAGGAGAUUUCCCUGUAGACGAGUAAAAAGCGUGAUGGACAAACGUGCGGGCACUAAGACCGCAAGGCAUUCAUUUCCUCCUACCGUGGAUGCGGACGCCGGGAGGAGAGCCCCUGAGCCAGGAGCUGGGAGCAGAGGCGCAGAGAACACGUAGCGACUCCGAAGAUCAGCCCCAAUGAACAUGUCAGUGUUGGCUUUACAAGAAUAUGAAUUCGAAAAGCAGUUCAACGAGAACGAAGCCAUCCAAUGGAUGCAGGAAAACUGGAAGAAGUCUUUCCUGUUUUCUGCACUGUACGCUGCCUUCAUAUUUGGUGGCCGGCAUCUGAUGAACAAACGAGCAAAGUUUGAGCUACGGAAGCCGCUAGUGCUCUGGUCACUGACCCUUGCAGUCUUCAGUAUAUUCGGUGCUCUUCGAACUGGUGCUUACAUGGUGUACAUUUUGAUGACCAAAGGCCUGAAGCAGUCAGUAUGUGACCAGAGUUUUUACAAUGGACCUGUCAGCAAAUUCUGGGCCUAUGCCUUUGUGCUCAGCAAAGCACCCGAACUAGGAGACACGAUAUUCAUCAUCCUGAGGAAGCAGAAGCUGAUCUUCCUGCACUGGUACCACCACAUCACUGUGCUUCUGUACUCCUGGUACUCCUACAAAGACAUGGUGGCCGGCGGGGGCUGGUUCAUGACUAUGAACUACGGCGUGCACGCCGUCAUGUACUCUUACUAUGCCUUGCGGGCUGCGGGUUUCCGAGUCUCCCGGAAGUUUGCCAUGUUCAUCACCUUGUCCCAGAUCACUCAGAUGCUGAUGGGCUGUGUCAUUAACUACCUGGUCUUCAAGUGGAUGCAGCACGACCAUGGCCAGUGUCACUCUCACUUUCAGAACAUCUUCUGGUCCUCGCUCAUGUACCUCAGCUACCUUGUGCUCUUCUGCCAUUUCUUCUUUGAGGCCUAUAUCGGCAAAGUGAAGAAGGCGACGAAGGCUGAAUAGUCUCAUGCGCUGAGGAGGAAGACAUAGCUCAGGGGCGUCACGAAAAAUAACAGACAAAAGAAAAUGGCACAAGGAAUCACAAAUGGUGCAGCUAAAACAAAACAAAACAUACGUUAUGAGCAGACCCACAACCCAAGGCAGCUUGGGAGUGAUGAUUAGGUUGACUUAACCCAGUAAGUUUAUGAUCCUUUUUGGGUGAGGACUCACUGAGCGCAUCUCCAUCUCGCAGCAUCGUUGCUGGGGGACCCUUCCCUCUUCCCGGUCAACUCUAGAACACGCUCCACCCAAAGGGAGCAACAAGUAGAGAGAUUAGUGGAAAGCAAGCAAAACACUACAGGACGAGAGGGGGAGAUCUAUUCAGAGCUCUUU